CCGCCGCCGGCCGCCGAGUUGGUGGUGCUGGACGCCGAGCCGGACGGCAAGACGGCGCGCACGCGCGAGGACGAGGACCGCGAGCUGCAGGAGGCCAUCAUGCGCUCGCUGGAGGAGGGUGAGCCGGCCGAGUCGGCUGCCGAGCAGGCGCGGCUCUCCGAGUUCUGCGUGGAGGACGACCAGUCGCUGUGCUCGGUGGACCUGGGCGGCGACAACACGUACCGGCUGGUGGGCGUCGUCAGCCACUACGGCGGCGCCACCCACUCGGGCCACUACGUGUCGGACGUGUACAGCGUCGGCCGCGACCGCUGGUACCACUACGACGACCGGCGCGUCAGCUGCGUCGACGAGGCGGACGUGCUGGGCGACGGACACCAGCGCAACGGAUACAUCUUCUUCUACAUGCACAAGGACCUGUGCAGCCAGGUGGUGAGCGCCGAGGAGGGCGCGGCUCCCUGAGGCCGUCCUGCCGACGGCAGUCCGUCGUCAGCCGCGCCGGCAGCCGCGCCCGUGCCGGCGAGGCCGUGUACAUAGUGUAUAGGCGGCGCCAGGUGUCGCCGCUGCGCGGCCUGCGCCCCGCGCCCCGAUCUGUUCCUGUUUAGUGUGAGCUCGUGGCUCCCGGGUGCUGCGCCACCGCUGUACAAAGGACAAUCGCCGUGCAUUCCGGGGUGGUGUUUGGCCGCGCGCCGGCCGCCCCCUCCGACCCGAACCGCAUCCGCUGUCCCCGCGCCGGGACGCCCACAAAUCGAGACACUGUACCUGAGCGCUGGCCACAACCGGCUGCCGUCCCCCGGCACGCGCCGGCGAGCGGCCGGCGCCAGACACUCGCGGAGCCGCCCGAUUUCGCUACAUUUUUACCAGGCUUGUGCCUCCGCACACGUUUGUGUCUCACGUCAGGGUACAGGAUGCAGGAAAAAUAUACGUUUUGUGCAU